GCUAAGUAUCAUGCUUUAUUAGUAGAACUUUCGACCUGGCAUGUUUUGCAAUUUCGUUAUAUUUUACGAAACAUAAGAUGCGCGUUACGUCAAAGGAAAGUAACAGGAGUCUCUAUACAUGGUAUUCCGUUUUCGUUAAGAUAGUAGAGCAACGAUAAACUUCAAAACAGACUAAAUCAUGCGUCGGCAUGCAUCCUUGCAUAUUCUCGUCAUCGCAAAUUUUCUUGCUCUACCUUGUCGUAGUUAUUUUGGGGAGUACAAAGUGCUGAUAUCACAUAGCCACAGAAGCGAAAUUGGAGAGGAAACAGCUUUCGAAGCCGAAGUUGUGCUGAAACCCAAAGCAAAUAGUAGAGACUUGGGACAAACUGAAAAUAUAAUAUACGAAUUCUCGUGGAGAGUUACCGAUCUGGAAUUGAUCAGACAGAACCAAACAACACACAGAUGGAAUAGCUUUCGAUGGCGAUGGUUUAGCGAAGGACAGAAAACGGUUUUUGUUUUUGUGAGGAUUAUUGUUGGAACUGAGUAUAAUAGCCGUAAUUCCAGCAAACGAAAGCAGUCAGAAAGUGGGCACACCGAGUAUUAUGCUAGGAACCAUACACAGAUUACAGUUUAUGGAACUGAAGGUAUAUGUUUUGUCAGACUGAAGCACUUUCACUUUCUGGAAAGUGUCGCUUUGCUGUAUGGCACAAGAAAUAAAUUUAAACAAGGAUUUCUCUUUACAACAUUAAUAUAAUUCCAGGCAGAAAAGUGUUGAUAAACAUUGAAAAAUAUCGAUUGACGAACAUUGUUUUAUUAGCCGUCAAAAUUUCAAAGCAAAAUAUCUAACAAAUGUUUGUCCGGUUGGACUGAAAAUUGAUACUUGAAAAUUGAUACUUAAUUCACACCGUCACCAUCUGCUUUUCUGACAGAGUAUGAAAUAUGCAAGGAUAAUAAUUAUGUUCUGAUCGCCGAUCCUCCUCGCGAUCACAGAGUUGGAAUUCUCUGAUAAUGGUUACGUUUUAUUAAUUGCCAUUUAAGUAGAAAAUUAUGGCCAAUCAAACCUUCUAGGUCAAAGUGCUUUUUUUCAGAAUGGAUUCGCUGUAAUCUGUGAAUUAAUGACCUAUAAUGACUUAGUCCUUUCUUUGAUUAUUUUUGGCGUUAUUUAACAUUUAUUUCAAUACAUGGUAUUUUGGGUGAUUUUUCAAGUUAAAAGGUCUUCAGAGCUAUAAAGUCGAUUCCAUUUCUUCAGUAAGUAAACGCAGUGCUAUAGAACUGGAAGAGCAAAAAGUUUUAGGCAUGAGUGUUUGGAAGAUGAUCACUCCCAAUUUUUUUCUUUGCCUUUGCUCAAGUGACACUUUCAACUAUUUGCAUUUACUAUCAUGCCAUGUUUACAAAGUGGCUGGUGUUUCUUAAUUCAGCAAAUUGGAAAAAAAGCUGGAUGAAAUAAGUACAAAAUAAGUGCCCUUUUAUUUGGUGAACCUUUUGUUUUGCUACAAAUGUUCACUCUCUAAUAGUUUUGAAUGUUACCAAAUGAAUGUGUGCCGUAUUGAUUAAUCUCUUUUAUUGCUAUAUCUUUUUGCAGAAAAGAUAUCUGCAUCUUUGGAGGCUUAUCAGAAUUCUUCCCAAGACAUAGAUCAAUUCAUCGCAGGAACAGUUAACCUUGCUGUCAUAAUCGAUAGUCCCAAUAGAUAUGUCAAUUUAUCAUAUGACUGGCACUUUGAUGAUGGAACUCGACUGUUAAAUUCAUGUAAAAGUCAAUUGAGUCACAAUUUUACCACUGUGAGAAGUUGUACAGUGAAAGUUGUUAUCUAUGGAUUUUACGGGGGAAAACGCUGCAAAGGAGUUGCUUUUAAAGAUCUUCAAUUUACAGGUAGAUGGUGGCCUUUAAAACCUUCACAAUUAAUUUAAAAUAACCUGUUCUGUGCAAAUCCAUGUAAACAUAAUCAAAUGUCCUUUGUUCCUUAUUCCUUCUUUCUCCAAAGAAUGAGUUUGUCAGGGAAUGUAACUGGACAUUUUAUGAAGAGAGAUUGAAAAUUCUGAUUACAUCACCAAUUCUUUAGCAAAGUACCUUUAACAGUCCUGCUGUACUUUAAGGGUCGUGAAUAAACAUGGUAUUUUUAUAAUGUCAUUCAUGAUUAUUUUGGCAUAAUCUACCUUAUCUUUUCAAGCAAAUGUUAAAGCAUACCUGGUGAUCGAUUCUUUACCUGGUCCAAAGUUGCCGUCAGACGAGGAAAAAAUUGCAAUAAACAUUCCUGCUAGGUUUGAGGUGAAAUUCAAGGAUCCAUUCAAAGAAGUCACAAGUGUAUCCAUUGACUGGGAUUUUGGAGAUGGUUCUAGAGAGCGAAAUAGUAGUAGCUAUGUAAUAUUUCACAAGUACCAGGAAAAAAAAGAAUAUCAUGUGUGGGUGACGGUCAGGGUCAAAACCAGGUACCAUAAAGCACCCAAGCUUCCCCUUAUCUCCAAGAAUGUUUUUGUCAAAGGUGAGGAUGUGAAUUUAUUUCUCUAACAGAGAGGUUUCCUGUAAAACAAAAACAUGUCACAGUUUUGACAAAAUGCAAUCUUCUAACCAAUUUGUCCCAUCUUUUGUGCACUAGAAACCUUUUUUUACAUGUGAAUAUUUUUUAUCAUCCUGUGCCCAGUUGUAUAAAAGGCAGAUAACACUAUCCAACUGCAGAUAAAUUUCUUUUCAGCAGAUAAGUGAGAGCAAAGUGUACUGCUCUUUCCACUGGAUAGCAUUAUCUAGCUUUGGAACAACUGGGGCCUGCUGUCUAAUUUUGCCAUUUUUUUUGCUCUGUCCUCAGUAAAAGUUUUCAGCUAAAAAGUUGGAAUUAAUUACAGUCCCCUUUGAAAAGGGCUUGGAAUGUAAGACUGUUAUGUCUCUCUAGUUGGUUGACAUUGUAUCUGGAAUAAAUUAUUAGUCUUAUUCUCCGUGAAGCAUUGCAAUGAUUUUUACCGUAGUGCAGACAAAUGUCAGUAUAUAAUUUCUCUGUUGGCAACCUAGUUGUAAUAAAUUAUCAACAUCAUUACCAUUUCAUUCUCUUCACAGCACCUGUAUCUCUUAAAGUGCAACAUAAAAAUGUUACUAAAGGUAAACCAGUGGCUUUUCACAUCUCUUGCAAUGGAAGGUAAUUACUUUUUCUUGAGUAUUCAAUAUACCUUUGAAAAUUUGGUAUAUACAUCUAUAUAUUUAUAAAUUACUGGCUGUGGUUGUUUGAAGGUUGGAUAAUGCUAUCCACUGACUAAAUCUCUAUCUGUUCGACAACACCAUACAUUUUACCAGCAUGCAAAGGGUUAUCAGUUUGAACCGUUAACCCUUUACACCUGAAAAUCAGUAUGUAUAUUCUCCAUUCUGUCCUCGAUACAUUUCUUAAGGUGCUGACAAGGAGAAUUUGUUUAGCAAUCAAGAACUUCCCAAAUUGGUGAUCAUUUCCUUUAUGCAUGUCACUUUUACAUUUGAUUCAAGUCACUACUGUAAGGAGAAUUUAGAUGCCACUCACCUUUAGGGGUCAGAGGUGUAACCCUUUAACUCCCAGGAUCUGAUUGUUAAUUCUCCCCUCUAGCUGCUACAUCUUUCCUUUUAAAUUAGUUGCAAGAAUUUGGUGUUUGAUCAAGAUAAUAACUUUUACCUGAUACAUUUGAGAACUCUCAUUACCUGUUUGCAGGAGGGUGGAUGAAUAUUGUAGGGAGAAGUUACAUGCGAAUCACUUCUGGGAGUUAAAGGGUCAAUUAACCUUUUGAGCUUCUAGUUCUUGCCCAGACUUCCAUGUGAAAGUUUGUUGUUUGGAAAACUGCACAAAAGCGCAUCCUUUGGUCAGCAUGUAUAAAUGUUUCUUGCAACAGACUGUAUCUCCUACUGAUAUGGUUAAUGAUAUUGAUAUUUUAGGUAGAGUUGGCAGCAAACUGAUCUUUUAAUUGCCUCUUUUCUUUCCCAAAUAGCCUGCCAGUGUCUUUUCGUUGGUGUGUUUCAAGACAUUGCAGCAAAAUCCAGGGAAGCGACUGCAGUCCCUCUCUGGAACACAAUAAUUCCUGCUACUUGAUUGUGAAUCAUACAUUCCGCAAUUCUGGAAACUUCUGUGUCAGUGUUGGAGUGAUGAAUGGUGUCAGUAAUACUAACACAUCUCUUAUACUACAAAUCCCUGGUAAGAUAUUUUUUCCUAUUUAUUUGUAAAGCAGUGUAUGCCUUAAUAUUAGAAACCAUGUUAUAGGGGAAGCUGACACAUGUAGUAUUUAUUUAAACAGUUCUCUGAUUCAUAAAGGUCACUUUAUCAUUAAGAAAACAAAAAAAUCAGUUUCCUUUUCUUUCCAAAUAGUUCAAUCUGUUGAUGUUGAAUUGUCUUCUGAACAGGCAGUUUCUCAGACAAUUUGGUGUCCUCCAAUGAAAGAUUUAGUUCACAUGGCAAAAUUUGUCAUUGAAACUGAAAUCAUGAACGCGAUCCUCGAUCCUGCGAUCCCCGCGAAUUUUUUUCAGGCUUUAUUUUCAUUACUAGUUGAGUAGUACUCUUAACUGCGAGGAUCCCUUUCAUUCGUUUCUUCAAGCACAGUUCACAUGUAUAUGAUUUUCCAUAUAUUUGCAGUAAUUGAAACUGAAACCUAACAUAAUUUGUGAUUUUUAAUCAAGGCAUUGAACAUCUAAACCCAGGAGCAUACUUCUCCAGAAACAGGGAACCAUGAAAUUUCAUAUGUUAAUAUUAUUUUAUAACAACUUUAUUGGGUACGUCUACGAAUAGACGGACGCCAAUUGGGUUAGUGUAGCGGGACAUGGAGUCCCAUACGGGGCACUACCCCUCUUAAAUCCACCCAACCCAACCCAGGGGAGGACAUCCAUCACACAGUAAUCUCGUGCGUGGGAAAUUAACGUCUCCUACCCCAAACCCUGCAGGAGACGGGACCUCCGGCUUAACGUCUUAUCCGAGAAGACGAAGCAAGGUUAGUGAAGCGGCUUGCUUAAGGCCACAACGUAGUGCCCCGGCCAGGACUCGAACCCGGGCUGUCCGACCCAGAGUCCAGCGCUCAGACCACUGGACCACUCACGCCUCAUCAAUUGCUCACUGCUUGGAUAUUUGACUGACAAAAUGGAUGCCUUUUAUUUGUUUUUCUAGAAAGUCUACAUUCUAUAAAACCAGCCCAAAAGAGGAGCAAAGACAGGGCAGCAAAAGGAGCUAUCAUUGCUAUCUUUGUCAUAUGCCUUUUGAUAGGUGUUAUUGUAAUUGUUGUACGAAAAUUGUAUUAUAGGAAAAGGGAAAAGAUAGAAAAGGCAAACUUUGAUUUUAGAGACAGUGAUGACAUAAGUUUGUCCUCUCUACAAUUGUUUGAAAGACCUUCUUGUUUUCCCUGGUGUGGGAACAGAACUUCAUGUGGUGCAGAAUGUGUACCUCUCUGUGACCAUGCUGCUGGUAGAAAACUUUACACGUUCUAAUCUUUUCCGUGAAUUGGAAUAUCUUCUCUGUGAGUGAAGAACCCAAGAAUUUAGAGAAAAGAAGAGUCUACUGUGAGGAAAAUGUAUUUCUUACUGAAUGGGUUAAUAAAAGGAAAUUGCAUGAACAUAAUAUUACAUACCUCAUUCAUCUCAACCAAUCUUUCCAAAAUUGUUUCUUAAAGGAGAUUAUUUUUGUGAGUGGUUUUUUUUGGUUUAUAGUACAAAGAAUUAUACCAAAUUAUCUAAAUUGAAUUAAUAUUAAGAUUUUUGUGUUAAUUUGUUGCCCAUUUCAUAGGUCAAUGUUAACACUAAUAUGUGUAUAUAAUUAAUGUUGGAUAUUCAGUAUAAUAAAACAUUAUUGGAUGAGGUUUUUGCGAUAUCCAGAAUAGGCAAAGUCAAAAUAGGGGUUAUCAGCCAAAGGCUGAGGCUGAUAACCCUUACUGAGACCUUGAUUAUUCUGGAUAUCAAUAAAACUGAAUCUAAUAAUUGUUUCAUCUUACAAUGAAUGAAAAAAAAAAUGAUCACAACAGGAAAUGGAACUGAUAAUUUAUUUCUUAACAUGUAAAAAUUUACAAAUCAGCAUGCAACACAAAGCGUGUAAACUUGACAUGAUUAGCCUUAGAAAUCAUGCACUGUGGCCAUACAUGACAUGAUUACCCAUGACCUUUGUAUUGGAUAAUCUGCUGCUAGAUGACAUCCCAGGUGCUGAUUUUAAAAUUCACUGUACACUUCAGCCAAUCAGAAAAGAGAUAGUGAGUUGAAUGUAAAUGAUACUAUUUAAUAUUCUAUUUUGACUGAAGCCAGAGCAAGGUAGUCUGAGUAGAGCGAAAACUUUUAAAGAAAAAAGAUCAUUAUACACAAAAAUUAUGUAAGGUAAUGUUAUAAAAUCUUGAAUUUGAUGUAACAACAAAGUUUAAGUAUAGAGUGCUAUUAAAACAUUGCAAAUCACAUUUUAUAGUGUAAAGGAAGAACAAAUAAAG